AUGACGUCUACGAAGCCUGGAGAAUGGGUCAUGCAGGCUCUACUUCGUCAGUUAACCAACUUAGCCCAAUUGAAAAUUGAGAAAGCACUUGAAGAUGGUCAAGAAACAAAUCUCGUGAAAAGCAUGAGACUGAAUGAAGAUGCAGCCUAUGAACAUCUCAUAAGUGCUUUUGGUGUUGCCGCCGAAUUCGCUCUUCCUUCAAUCUUAUCUACACUUUCACUAUGGUAUAGAUCUCAGCACUCAUCUGGGAAAUAUUAUCAAUUCCACCAGUUUCAGUCUUUAAGUUCAGCCAAUGAAUACAUUGGAAACGCUACUUCAAUGGCAGUCCAACGUCCUUUAGCUAACGAUAGUAAUCCUGUUGUUGAAAGCCAACAAGUUUCAUAUCUUACUGCCAAUAAAUCAGAAAAGACUAUCAAAUGUGCCUCAGAGUCAUCUUCGCUGUCGAAAUCCCAUAAUUUACAUUUACCAGAGUUAUCUGUUCUAUUUGAACGACGUGAUCUUGCCAUUGAUAUUAUAUUUUGUCAUGUCAUGCUUGCAGUUUUAAAGCAAUUGCCUUUUCAUCCAGGCCAUAAUGAUGUUAUUGAAUCAAUCUUAGAGCAAUGUUUCGGAAGAUUCAACUAUAGAGAGGAUUUGCAGCCGAAAAAUAGUGAAAAUAUAAAUCUCGUCGCUGAUCUAUACGCAGAAAUUGUCGGACUGUUAUUUCAGUCAAGAUUUGCUCUGGUACGCUACAAAUUUAUGAGUUGUCUGAAUGAUCUGCGAUCUAAAGAAAACAGUCAAAAUAAUAGAGCUAGUAUUGUAUCUCUUAUAAUGGGGAUGAAGUUUUUCCGGGUUAAAAUGCAUCCAAUUGAAGAUUUUGUGAAAUGUUUCACUUUCUUACAAGAAUUAGGUCAGUACUAUCUGGAAGUGAAAGAAAUUGAAAUCAAGCAUGUACUCUCUGAUUUGUUUGUUGAAAUUUUAUUGCCAGUAGCUGCUGUUGCACGUCAAGAAGUUAACAUUCCAGCAUUAAAAACAUUUGUAGAAAAUUUAUAUCCAACAAGUUUGGAAUUGGCUAGUAAGAAGAAACAUAUCCCAGCCUUAUUCCCGUUGGUGACUUGCUUGCUGUGUGUUGGUACUAAAUCAUUUUUCUUGAAUAAUUGGACCAAUUUCUUGUCUAUCUGCUUAAGUCAUCUUAAAAAUCGGACUUCUAAAGUAGCUUUGGUCAGUUUACAAUCAUUAUCCUGCAUAUUGUGGGUCUACAUUGUACGUAUCAAAGGUGAAAAACAUACAGAAACUCAAACAAAAUUACACACAAUUAUCAAUAGUUUAUUUCCGAAAAAUCAGAAAAUUAUUCUACCAAAAGAUGCACCAAUCAAUAUAUUUGUUCGUAUUAUUCAAUUUAUUGCUCAUGAAAAGCUUGAGUUUGCCAUGAAAGAAGUUAUCAUUGAGCGGUUAGGGGUGAAUGGAUUACAGAAAACUUUAGUGAUGCCAGAGCGAAUAAAUGUAGGUAUAUGUGCAUUCCUGCUGAUUGCCCAUGGCCUUCAACAGAAGGAGGGGGAACCACCCAUGCCUCAACAAUGCAUUGGUGCCGGAGGGGUUGGUGGUGGUUUUAGGCAAGCUGUUAUUAAACGCUCUUUUCAUGGUACCAAUUUGAAUGAAGCAUUGGGUUCCUUAUUAGGAAUACAAAGUUAUCUAGUACCUGUUCGAAGAGCAUUUGAACAUAUUUUACGUCAGCUGGAUACUCAAGUUUGUCGUACAAUGAUGUUGCCAAAACAAGAAGUUACUCAAAAAGAAUUUGAUGAGUUAAUGACAGCAGACCGUAAACCUAAACUGGAUUUAUUAAAGACCUGUGUUGCCUGUAUUCCUCGUCUGCUUCCUAUUGAUAUGACUAAACAAGAGAUUUUAGAAAUACUGGCUAAAGUUUGUCUGCAUGUCGACGAAGACGUACGAAAAAUGGCACAGCAAGCUAUGGCCAACUUGAUAGUCGAACUACCAGCUUAUCGGGUUAAAACAAUACAAGUUUUUAUACAAUUUAUUCAGAAAAAUGUAGCUGAUACAUCACCUCACCAACUAGAUAGCUGUCUGAAGACUUUAUUUCAUCUAUUAAACAAUUGGAAGUUAGCAUUGCAAAAGGAUGGAGCCGUAACACCUAAUAUGGCUGAAAAAUCAGCUUUAUAUGAAGCUGAAGGAUUUGCUUUGGUUAUGUUGUGCAGUUGUCGUUUAAUUACUAGACGUUUAUCUGUUCAUAUUCUCAGGAAAUGUCGAGCUUUAUCAAAUUUAAUCCAAUCCGCUACUUAUGAUCAAACGUUAAAAAAUCCAAAUGAUUCACGGGAAUUGUGUUGUAUAGAUAUUUUAGACCGUUCAGUGCCAAUUAUUUUGAAAUAUCUUUUACCUAUAUUACCUUUAAGCGAAAGAUCCGCUUUGUCUUCAGUGUCUAACAUGGAUUUUUCUGUCUUCACGGAGCGCUCUCAUCCUGUUUGGUUUAGUGGUAGUACACUGCCUGUGUAUUCACCUGUGGUUUUACCAGCUAAUUAUUUGAAUAACACUCAAUACUCUGGUUUAAUGUCUAACAAUGACGUGCAACAAAGUGAAGAAGUCCGAUUUAAUGGUUUAUCAAAUCUUCACGAUCUUAACAAGUUAAACAAUUGUAAUAAUAAUAACAACAAUUGUAAUACUAAUAAUAAUCCAACUGUAGGAAAUCCAGUGACCGGCAACACAAAUGAGAAAUCUAAACCCGAUGAAUCUGUUGUACAGGAAUCAUUUACAAAAAUCGUCAGACCGCAAGUUUCUGGGUUAUUCAUACCUUCAAAAUCUUUUGAUUUCCGUAAUAUACAAACUUCUAAGUCGUAUUUAUCUACAACACCUGUUCAUCGAAGAGCAUCUCAGUAUAAUCAACAAAUUCAGCAUACUCAACAAGCUUACAUUAUGCAGCCUGCACAAGAACGUGUAGCUGUCACAGAUGUAUGGGCUACUUGUCUUUCUAUUGUAUUCAACUCAUCUAAUUUGCCCACAAGUUGUCCCAUGGCCAUCAAAUCUGCUUGGUCAAUAUUGUUUCAACGAAUAAGUACUAUUUUUCCUCUAAUUGACCCAAGCGCACAAAUGGCUGAAAAUCGAGCAUCCUCGUUACUCCGAACAGGAAGUAAGAAACCUGCAAAUGAACGUGAACAGUUCAUUCCUCUUUGGCAUAAUUAUGUCGUUGUUGGAUGUUGUAUAGCUCCGAGCUCUACUGGUUUACGGAUUUCAAAAUCUCCAGAUACGCACUAUCAGCCUGGGUUCCAUCUACAAAAGCAUUCACUUGACUUUUCAACAAAAGGGGAUUCUAAUGAUUGUGACAACAAUCGAUCUCCUACUCAAUCAGACGAAGUGGUAAAUCAAACGACUGAUUUGAAUGCUAACUCAUCGUCUAAUCGUUCAACUGUACCUAAUUCUCCAUGCACUAAUUGGUCUAAUUCGCCAGAUUUAAAGUAUUCAACAUCAUUUGGAAAAGUGAACGCUAGAGAUUUGGUCAAGUUGCUAGUACCUUUGCUUAGAUGUGAACAACCGGAAAUAAGAGAUUCAGCUAUUGGUGGUCUUGGUCGGAUAAAUCCGGCUGCUUUCAGAGAUGUCCUCGAAGACUUGCAACCGUUGCUAAAAGAAUCUUUCGAUCGAAAACAAGAGAAUUUACGCCGUCGACGUCGACGUGAUGGUUUACGAUCUGCUUUAGUUAAAACUCUUUCUCUUAUGGCACAGACUGGUGUAUUUGCAUAUCCCGAAUCAAAUAUAGUCACACCUCAAGGGUCUUUAAUUUGUCAGCUUCUUGAUUACAUGGAUGGAAUGAGAGGUUAUUUAGAAUCAGUUUCAGACCAGUUAUUAAGUCCAAUCAAUUAUACGCAUCAAUUAUCUACAUCGUUAAAUCUCUUAGUUUCUAUACCGUCUGGUUCUACUUCUCAACAAGUUACUACAGUUGGAAGUAUUUCAAGCAAUCAUCAAGUGGGUGGAUCUAUUAGCACUAAUUCUGUAAUUGCUUCUUUAUCUACUCCUACAACUACUGGACCUUCAUUAACUAGUUAUUCAUCGGAAUUUUAUCUAUUGGGUGAAAUUCGCUUGCAUUUUUGUAUUUUUAUUAAAGAGCUAAUUCGACGUUUACCAAAACAGAAUCGUACAACUUUAUUGCCUCCAACAUUAAGGCAUCAAUUAUUCAUUUUGUUGUCUCAUUGGAGUGCUCAUUUUGAUCAUAUCAUGGGAACGUACUUAGGGUCUGAAGGCCCGGUGCUUACUGAAUCUUAUUCUUUUGAUUCAAAUGAAAAUAUGGUCGGACAAUCGUCUAGUCUAAAUGGGAUAGUUGGUUUUUCUCCAUCAAAUGAAAUGCCUCACGGAAUUGUUGGGAUUCACCAUCAGUUAUCUAGUGAUAAUUUCCUACAACCUCUCAAUAGCCUGGGUGUUAACAGUGCUCCAUCUUCUGGUUCUAUAGAAUGCAAUGGUAAUAUGAGUGUUUCAUCAACCCAAACCACUCAGAGUCCUACAAUUCAACAGAAAACCUGUGAAAGCGAACAAAUUGAUAUGAGUGAAUAUGUGGAAUAUUGUUUAUGGAUUGAUUUAAUUUGGUUGUCAAAUCAAGCUAUGGCAGCUUUGGUAUGUUGUGGGCCAAUAUUUGAUCGUUCUGCCUUGCUACCACAAGACAGUGGAAAAUUAAACCAGAUAAUCCUAGGUGUGGGUUCAGACGCAUCAUCUGUUUCUGGUCCAGAACGUUUGAAUAGUGGUUCAGGUUCAAAUGUUCGCACUCCUAGUUCUGGAUAUGUGCUUCGUUGGAUUUCUGGACUUCUCGUUGCACGUGAUACUGCUCUCAGUUCAAGUCCGUGGCUAUGGUUUUGUCCCAUUACAGGACGCGGUCUUUUGCAUAGUACUUUAACUCCUGGAGGCGCAUCAUUGUGUGGCAAUAGUCAUACACGUUCUCGCAUGAUAGCAGCUGGUGGCGGUCGUCGAUUAGAUUCUCUACUUCGACAACUAGGUGAAGAAACUUUAGUCCUUAUGUUAGAUUUCAAUUCUGACAAUACCGGUCUCUUCAACUGGGUAAUUGAUCAGUGUUAUACUGCAUCAAAUAUAUCAUUGUCUACAGCAUGUUUUGAAUGCAUUUGCCUCAUAAUGAGUAAUAUGCCGAAUUUCGCUUGUGAUUUUAUUGCUAUGAUCACUUUAUGCUUCGUUUUUAUUGAUCAUCCUUCAAGAUUUCUCUCUGACAGAGCUUUCUAUUUACUACGAAUUCUUUACCAGCGUUUUAUCAUAGAACCUGGCGAAAUUCUAUUUAAACAAGCACAUACAACGGAAAUUGAUAAAUCAUUUGUUCUCAACGAAGCAGCUAAUUCACAAUCAUCCCCAACUUUGUGCAUACCAGGGGAUUGUGACUGUUUUCAGUUAUGUAAAUACCUGCAAAUAAAUAAACUAUUUUAUAAUUCUUUUAACCGUUGGUCUCCUUGUGAAGUUGUGAGACAGUUUGCCGCUCAACAUCCUGAAUUUACGAUCACUAUUUUUUCGGAGAUUUCUAAACGUCUCGAAAAUGCUAGAGAGGGUUUACGCAUCCCAUUAUUACGUCUACUUUCAAUUUGGCUUGUCAAUGUGGAACUUGUAGAUCUUGUGGAAGGUGAUUUAUUCGAUACAACAAAUCAUAAUAUGGAUAAAGACGAUGAUGAUUUUUCCGAUAUAGAUAAGGAUAAUUAUGUCUGUCGGUCAAAUAACUAUGAAAAAUCUGGCAAUUCGCAUGAACCUACAUUUAGAGUUUAUAAUACCACCAGUUUAGUUGAAACAUCAGAACAGCAGCAACGAAAAGAUUGUCCUGAACAUCGUACUCGUCCAUCAAAACGAUACAAACGUUCAAAAAGCCUAUUAAAUUCGGAAUUACUUUAUGAUCAUGAGGAUGCUGACGCUGAUUCAGAUAAUAUUAUUGAUGAUCGAAAUUUCAAAUCACUAACACUGUUGCGAAUGCGUGCACGUCAAACUAUGCUAGAUGAACAUGCAGACAUUUGUAGUCCUCGAGCAUGCCAUUUUCAUAAUCAUUUCAAGAAGAAUGGAUGCAAGUAUAACGAUAAUAAUAAUAAUAAAAAUAAUAAUAAUAAUAACAAUAAUAAUAAUAAUGAUCUACAUUGGUCAACUGUACCUCCCACUCUUCGUUCUAGAGGAUGGGGAUCGAAAAAAGCCACCGAAUUCGUGCUUACAAAUCUUUUCUACUUAUCCUUAAGGCUUGCUGAUUGUCCAACUUCAUCUGAGGUACUAAAACAACUUUGGUUGACGUUAAUUCGCUACCGGUCAACGAAUCUGCGUGUGAUUCUUCGAUAUCUUAUUAUUAUUACUUCUAUUGCACCUGGUACUCUAUUAGUACAUGUUAAACGUCUCCUUACGUAUCUGGCUUCUGAGCAGGCUGAGCGUGUCAUAGGAGAACUAAUGGUCGAAAUGCAGACUAUUGAUGGUAUUGGUCUAGUUGUUGAACCCAUAUCUAGUCUGCCAUUCUUUCGAGUUAGUACUUCUACUCAACAUCAUCGUCAAUCUAUCGAAAAACUAAAAUCUCACAGAUUUCAGUCAUGCGUUUCAAAUAAUUCAUCAUCGAAGACUGCGAGCAAUGCUAGUCAGAGAGUUAAUGAUCGUUUAUUAGUUAACCAAGAAGGAAUCGGACAACCAGAUGAUGAAUUAGUUGCACUCGGUUUAGGUAGUAAACCUUGUUCUAACACAACGGCGCAAGUACGAACGUUACAUAGUGCUAUUGGAGGAAGUUAUGAUUAUCGCAAUAUCGAUUUUAAUUUGAAUGUGAAGUCUCCUUCAAAUGCAACAGUACGUCCAAAAUCAGCUACAUGUCAACCAUCUACUGUCACUAUAUCUACUAAUAGACCAAAUCAACAAACUACCUUAAAUGAAAGUAGAAUACAGUUUACAACAAUAUCAUCCACUUCAAAAGAUAAUAACAAUAGUCACAGCUCUUCUGAAUCACCACAAUCAGAGAAAUCCCGUGAAUCAGCAGCAGCUUUAUCUAACUACCAGCUAGUUGAAGGAAGUGAUGGAGAGCCAGAAAUAGAUCUUGAUUCAUUUGAAGGUUUCACUAAGUGUGGAUCAAAUUUGGAUGAUAAAUAUGCUACUCUGCGCGCUAAAGAUAUUGCAGAUUUACUAACAUCACCUAACCCGAAAGACUUCCAAUCAAGUGAUUCUGAUUCUAAUUGUGAUAUACCGAAUCUAUAUAGGCGCGGUACAACAUUUCCCAUUAUUUCUGACGCCUACGAACGAUCUGUUUUUUCAUCUGUGCUAUCUAGUCCACUGAAUGAAACCAACUGUUUAUCAACCACUGGCAGAAUUUCAAGACAGCCGAAAUAUUUAAAAGAAUACAAAGAAAAACGAUCUAGAUGGUCUAACAAUUCGAAAGUUGAUGCUGUUGGAUCAUCGAGAUUAGACCCUUUUCACCAUUCAGCUUCAUUGCCACCCAGUCUUGCUGCCCUCCCUCCACUACCUUUACCACUUCCUGCCAGCGUUUCUUCCAUUCUAAGUCUUUCCUCAAGAGGAUCUACAGGAUCUAACACAUGUAUAUUGUCGAUAUCUCCUGUCACUGUUGAUAGAAAAAGCACUACCAGUUCUGAUAAAUCGGAUAUUAAGCCUUGUGUACGUAGAAGUUCGAACGUGGAAGUAAGUCAUUCGAGCAACAGAUCAUACCUUGACUACAACUGCAAGCCACUCCCUAUGCCUGCAAAUGGAGGUUAUCACGCCCCUCUUGGUUUAUGGUUGUCUGAACCUUUGGUAAUUGGUGGGUCAGUUGUUUUCAGUGGUAGUUGGCCUCCUGCAGGACCUAGAGCACCUUUAGUUCUAAUAUUGGCCGGGGGUUUAACUCAGUCAAGAGAUAUCCACGUAGAUUGGAGUGAACAUCUACCUUUAAUGCUUCUUGGUGUAUUUCUUGGUAUUGACCACUGUCGUGCACUUGUACAAGAAGAAUCUAAACACUUGCUAGUAUCCUUGUUAGAUCAAGUGUGUCCACACCAUGAUAUUCUUCGUUUGUUACGACUUGAAUUAGAAGCCAAUCAUCAUCGUCUUGCUUAUCCGUCUGGUUUUCCUGGUCCUCGUGUUCAAGACUAUCGUUUAACGUUAGAUGGUGGGCCAUAUCGUGAAAAGUUCAGCAUGGUUAUUAAUCCCUUCGAUUCUAUUGAAAGGGAUCAGUUGUUUCCUUCACCACUCGUUUCUUGUACAACCACAAAGCAUGAUAGAAAUAGUAACUUCAAAAGUAGGUCGCCAGCUGAAGAUGAAGAUAUUCUACAAACAACAUCAUCUGCUCUAAUACCACUGAAAGAUAUUAAUGUUACGACUAGCUCAGCUGCCAGUCCAUCUUCACCUAGCAUUAGUCCACCAAUAGUUGAAAAUUUUCAAACCCAUCCAACUCUGUUAACCGACCAAGGUCGAUUGAGUGGUUCAAUGUUUAGUCUUACUAGUACUGCAACUUUAAUUCCACGUCAUCAUGAAAGUAAUCUCUUUGAAUCACACAGUUGCAAUGACUCAUUAAUACCUAAACGCAAUUCAGUUUGUUAUAACUUAAAUUCAAAUAAUUCAGAGAAGGACGUUUUACGUAAUAAAACACUUGCAAGUGCUGUUAGACCUUCAUCUGUUUAUUCUAAAUCACGGUUUUCAAAAUCUGUGUCUUCGAACUGUGUCCCAUUCAAUAACCAUUGCUCAUUAAGAAUAGAGAAAACUAAGAGAAUUAAAAAAUCUGAUCUUAAACUAUUAGAAGAAGCUGUUCAACAACUUAAAAGUUUACUUUUGAAUAGUUCCGGACAAGCUAUAUGGACGUGGGAAGAUUUUAACAUACAACACAAUUCUUUUAGUACCACAUUUCAGUAUUCUUAUCAAAAUGAAUUUCAUCAGAUUCUUAACAACGAAAAAGUAGAAAAUAAAGAGUCAGUUAUAAAAUCAAUGACUAAUGUUAACUCUUUGGAACAACUUGUUAAACUUGUUGCUCGUAUACUAGCCUUAUCUGAAGCUGGUUCUGAACAGGCUGAAAAGUGUUUGCAGUGCUUACAUGGUCCACCACAUGAUCAUAAUAGCCAGAGUUUAACUUUUGCAGAUGAUGAUUACAAAGAUACGAUUAUUGAUCAUUCAAAUUAUUGUAUGGUUGCACGUUUAUCUCGAGUUGCUUUGAAUACUGGUUUAUCGUGUCCUAGUCGACAUCUUGCUAGUCGUUCUUUACAAAUUCACCGCGCUCUUGGUGGUCAUUUAGACAAGAAAUCUUUUUCACAAUUGUUAGCUAGAUUAGGUGAAACAGUAUCUGAUGGGAGUGAAGAAAUACAGGGUUAUGUCGCUGAACUUUUCCUCACACAAGAAGCGGCUAUUCAUCAUUUGAAAUCAAAAAGUGAUAGUUUGCUGGAAUCUGUGUCUUAUUUUACCGCUGAACCUACCUCUCCAUCAUCUAGUUCACUUAAUGGGAGUGGACGUAAAUCAGUGCAAAAUAUAGUUUCAAUAUCAGAUCGUCGUCAUUUUCAUCGUCAUUCAAAAUCUUCAUCUUUAAUUGGAAAUCGGCCAUGUCAUUCAAGUUCUGUUAUGCCUGUCAAUGAUUGUGGUUUAUCUAAAUUAACUCAAUCAACCUCUCCAAAUUUGGAGUAUACAUCAUCAACCUUAUCAUUUCCUUCGGAUUCUAAUCACUUAACAAAAAUACCUAGUACUUCAAAUACAUCUACACCUAAGCCAAAUAAUAACAAUAAUAAUGUAUGCCUGUUACCCCCAGAAGAACGUGCUGAUCUGAUUAUUGGAAUCUUUUGGACCGGCGUUUUACUCCUGGAAUCAGAUUUUGAACAUGAAUAUUUGGUUGGUUUAAAACUCUUAAAUUUAGUUAUUCCGAGUGUUUGCACAUCAAAUUUAAGCCAAUCAUCUAAGUGUUCGAAAAUAAAUUUGAGUGAUAGGGCGCAAAAGAUGCUUAACCAAUUACAAUGGAUUCCAUGUUUUCCUGGAAUACUUAGUUUGGUGAUUAAAGGUUGUUCUUCACCAAAUCUUGUGGAUCAGUCUUGUCGAUUACUCGUAUCAUUAAUCCCCUUUCUCACUCAUCCUCUGAUAGUACCAACUGGACGUAUGGGGUUAUCUAUUCAGUUAUCAUUUCCUAUUGUUCUGCUUACUCUUAUGCCUAUGUUAAUAACCGCUUGGGAUGAAGAUCCAUCUACAUCAGUCCCUAUAAACCCAUGUGAUACUAAUGCUGAACAACUUAGUUUCUUACAGGGUGGUUUUCUAGGUAGAGGUAUAUGUGGAUCUUCAAAUGUUAUUCCUCGAGCACUUGGUUCAUGGACGUCGUGUUUUUGUACUCCAUACACGGCAUAUACGAAUCCAAACAUAGCAUCUAAUUCGAAACUAAGGACAGACAGUAUCGGGCUGUUUGGUAAUUGUCCAUCAAACAGCCUUGGCACUUUCAGUGCUCAUGAAUCAACGUCGAACUUGAACUCAAUAGCUACAGGAAGCACUAGUCGCGACACGCAAUUGAAUUCGAAAUCACCAAUUUUACGUCCAAAAAACCCCAUUUGUAUUCAGGCCGCCGAAUCACUUGCUCAGGCUGCAUUAAAAACUGAUCCAAUCCAAUUUACAAAUCUAGCACUGAUUCUCCGUCUUUAUGCUUCUGGUAGUUUUUCCAAGGACGUUGAUCAAUGGAGUCGAUGUGUUAUAUGCUAUUUAUUAGAAGGUUGUAGCUCAAAUAUAUCACGUUUGCUGAAACAUAUCAACAUGCUCUUAACUUCUGGACCACCUUGUCUCCAAUUACCUUUGCUUAAAGUGGCUCACUUGUUUUUACAACAAGUUGAUAUCAAUCAACGAGACAUGGAAUACUCAUUACAAAAUUUUAUUACGUCGAUUGUUAACCAGUUUAUUGGAACAUGUUUAUGGACCCAUGUUAUUCCAAUUUUACAAGUUACCGUUUCACGUUCAGCUGUAUUGAACUCUGUUCCAGAAACACUUGCAUACACUUUACCUGGUUUAGAUCCUUCAGGUAGUGGUCGUGUAUUAGAUUAUGCAAUCGCUUCGGCAGCAGUAGCUGUUCCACUACCAGACAGUGAACCUCCUAGAUUAGAACUUGGUGGUCCUGUGUUAGAUUUCACUUUUAAUGUUCUUCAAGAAGCCCCAUUAUUAGCUCCUCAGUAUGCCCCAAUCUCUUCAUGGCAUUCAACUUCUGAAAAUAUAUCUAAAGUAGAUAUUCCAACAUUUGAUCAUACUUCAUCAUCAAAGGGCACUAAAAAAGAUUUUAUUGAUGUUAGUGAUAUUGGCCUAACUGAAAUAUUCGUAUCAGCAUCUAAUGGGUGGAAUAAGCCAGGAAAUUCUCAGAUACGUUUGCGCGAAAAGCUCUAUUGUUUAGUCAGUUGUUAUGGACUUCCUCCUCAACAGUGUAUCAGUGCUCCAAGAAGUCCUUCGGUUAUAUUCAGUCAAUCUACUGAAACUUUAGAUCCUCAAUUAAGUAUCCAUUCCAGCAGUGAAACAACAUCUGUAGUCGAUAUUAGUAAUUCAGAUGAUAUUCAUUUAGAUGAUACAAGUAGUGGUGAACAGACUGCUGUGUUUCGUGAUUUGGAUACCUAUUUAGAUGCUCAGUUGAUGAAUAUAAACUUUUUAGGUGUACCAGAUUGUAGAUUAGCGUCAACAAAUGCUUCCAUGAGUGAGGAAGAACCUAGACGUCCUUGGGGUGUACGAGGCCAAGCAAUUACAUGUCAUUUCGAUUUUAAUGGAGAUGGAAAUGAAUCAGUUAAUAAUGAGUCUGUCGGUGGCUUAUCUCGAACUGUACAAUCGUUGGAGAAAACAACUAGUAGUUUGGCACAUAGUAUCACAGAAUCGGAUUAUUUUACAGCUGCUUAUCAACAUCAUCAUCACCACUCAGGAAAGCAGCAUCAAAAUAGAACACAUUCAUUGCCACAUUUAACAUGUGUUACUAAUAGUCUAAGUGAUGUGAAAGAUACAGAAUCUAAUAGUACAAAUCGAUAUUCAACGAUAACAAUUAGUAAUAAUUAUACAGAUGAUAACAUAGAUGGCAAAUAUUCAGCAGCAUCAUACAGUGAAGAACAACAACAACAACCACUACUACCACAGUUGGAAUACAAAAAACCAUCAACUUCACUUGCCUGGCAAUCAUUCGCUGAGGAACAGUCAAAUUUUAGGAUUAAUGAUUUGAUGAAUGAUGAGUUUACUGGAAAAGAAAAGUUUAAUAAGGGUAUACAGGUAGUGAAAUAUCCACUUGUUACCGUACGCAAUUCACGUAGUGAACGUGUAACAUUUAAUCUUGAUGGUGAUAAAAAUCAAGAUGAUAAUGAUGAGGUCGACAAGCAGGAUGAUGUUCAUCGAAAAAAUAAGAUAUCUAUGGACGAUGGUAUAGAGAAAAUCAAUGAUCGAUGCAUGUCAAAAACGUGUAAGGGAAUCCUCAUCAAUCGCUCAAAUCAUGAUUAUGUUAAGGGACUACAUAAUGGAUUGCUACUGUCCGAUACUGUGCUUGCUAAUAAUUCUCGAGUACGAUCCGCGUCAACACAAUCACUCAAUAAUGAUGGGAAUUACAAUGAAACUAAUAAUUCAGAUCAAAAUUUAAGGUCACGUAUAUAUUUUCCUCGAUGUCUGUCAUCUAAUCGUAAUGAAGUAGGUACAAAAUAUAUAAAUCAUGACAGAUUGACAGAUGAACCUGAUCAAACAGUUGAUAAUCACCAUUAUCAUGAUCAUUUUUCUGUGAAUACUCCACAAAAACUUUUGGUUGGACAAAUCAAACGUAGUGUAUCAACAUCUGAAUUAUUAUUGACUAGACAACAUUUUACAUUCAAUAAUAAACCAAAUGAUUACAAAUCUUUAAUUAAUUCUGCAGUGUUGUCACCGUUAACAUAUCAAAAUAAAGUUAGUUAUCAUGUAAAUGACAAAUAUUUUACUAGCUUCUCUUCAUCUUUAUCAUCGACAAGGUCACUGUCGCCAGUGAAUCAUCACAGCCAAUUCGAACAAACGGCGUUUAAUUUAAUUAGUACAAAUGAUAAAGAUAAUUUGAACACUAAUAAUAAUAAUAAUACUGAUUUAUCAAAAAUCAUUUCAUAUCGACCAAAUUUACUUUGUUCUUCUUCCGUAUUGCCUCAAUCGAUUCCACUUUCAUUAUCACCAACAUUAACAGCACCAUCUGUACAUAGUUCUCAUUUAUCACUUCAUUGUAUUGAAAUUAUUCGAAAAUCCAGUGAUCUCCCUGUUAUCCAUAGAAAGCAUAAAGCAACAAGUGAUUCACAUUUGAAUUGCUUUAAUAAACAGUUAUUGUGCCAUCAUCAAAAACUUCAUCAAUCAAAUAGUCAUCAUCGGUGUUAUCAUUUUUCAUGUGUUAAUGAAAGCACUCAUAAUGUUGAUUCUUCUGAGUGUACUUCUUUGAACAAAAUCCUAUCAGUUCAACCAAUACAAAGAUUAUGCGAUUGGAAGUAUCCACUAAUUACUCAACAAAAAUGGAUUGCAUUAGAACCAUUAUCGAACUCAACCUGUUUACACUUCGAUGAACAACGAAAGUUAAUAUCGCUACUGAUGGGACUUCCACAAUUGUAUCAGGAGAUAAUUUCACGCUAUAAUAACGCUGUUAACGAUACGAUCGAUUUGUCUGUUUGUUGUUGGACUGAAUCAAGCCGAUUGAAUUGUUUAGCGAAAUUAGUCGGAAAAAUCAAAACCUAUUUGAGACCACCUUGGUUUUUUUGUCGUUUAUGUCAGGAUGAUCUUACUGAGACGGUUCAUUCUUAUUUAAUAAGUAACAUGAUUCAUUUAUUGGAAAAACACCAAGGAAUCCAAAAUCAAUUUGAAAAACUUUAUAAUCUUUUACAAUCUGAAAAUACCAGAGACACAUUUAUCCAACUAUUCUGUAAUAUGUUCACUAACUUAAUAGAAUUUGUGAAAUAUUCAUAUGCUAGUGUUGAAACCAUUUAUGCUAAUUUAUCCAAGUUGAAGAAAAAUGAAAUCCUAUCACCUGCAAUACUGGAUCGAUCUUGUCGUUUCCAAUAUUUACUAAAGUGUGUUCUAUUAGGUCUAGAUUUGACCAGUGAUAUCAAUAAUCAUGAUGAUAACAGUGACGUACCUAUCAAACCAGCUAUUUGCAAUGAACCCGCUGCUUUAAAAAAUCAACUAUGUGAAUUCCUAGCAAACAUGCUGACAAGUUUUCCAAACGAUGAAUUACUAACCGAGUCCAAUAAUUUUAAUCCAGAAAACUGUAAACAAGUAAUUAGAUUGUAUAAACAAUUAUCACAUAAGUCCCCAGAUGAAUCAGAAGUACCGAUUGAUAUGGUGAUCAAUAUACUGAAUAUUUUUGCAAAUUAUGUCUGGGAAAGGGACUCCACUUCAUGUAAGUUGACGUUCAGAUGCACACUUCGACUUUAUUUUGAUAUAUGAAUUGUAGCAUUAUUCACUGUUUAUUUUGCACUAUGUUUUAAUUGUCAUGAAGUUUUACAGCUCCGUUUGGCUUUACAUUUAAGACGCUGUUCUUACUGCAUUGAAAACCUUCCAAUUAUACUUGAGUUCUAUUGUAUUAGUUUUUGUGACAAAAACCAAACAAUAUCCUUUUCCUAAUUGACUAAAUUAGUAAAAUAGUCCCACCAAAAGGGGGUUGUUGCAAUGUCUAUUAAUUUUUAAAAAACCCUUUAGUCGUUAGUUCUGUAUGCAUAACAUUCAUUACCAGAAAUUUACUCUGAGUCAUUUAUUUUCAGAGAUAGUAUAUAUAGUAUUUUAUAAGUUCAAGUAUUCCGAAAUAGAAUGAAUCCAUCUUAUGAAUGUCUAACCCCAGUUGUCAUUAGUCUGAAAUGGCGAGCUACAAACUUCAGAGACCAAUCAUUAAAUAUAUAUUUUAUUUGUUGGAUAAAAGAUCUCGAUUUCGUAAACAUAUUUCUGUUGUAAUAUUUUGCUAAUAAUUUGAUGUAUUGCACUUUGCCCGUCCAACAACUCAGCCCUGAUGAUUUAUUUUACAAAAUAUUUUAGCUUUCUUUUAGAUAUACUUCGUAGUGGAAAUGCGAUUUCGUAAACACGUUUUACUAUGUUCUAAGCAAAUUUUUGCAAUAUUCCUAGUCUGAUGCAUUGUGCAACCGAUAUGUUAAAAUGGGAGAUUGUAGUGUUUGAAAGUAGAACGCCCUUCUAAUAAAAACUGACCAACAAGAUAGCUGAAUUCUAUUCAUACCAAGCAGCAGAACUUGUUUACCUAAUGAAACACAUUAUUGGUGAAAUCUGAAGCAUGCGGUAUUCAUCUUUUUUCGACUUACCUUAGGAUGAAUCGUUUUUUAAUGCAGUUGACGUCUAACCUUUCAUUCUAAUCUUUUGAGUAGCCCAUCAUAAAUAAAUCUAGCCAGUAGUUAUUUGCUAACAACCAGUAAGAAACUGUUGGCCAAUGUUCUGAACUGCUAUUUAGCAGUACAUUUUGUUUACAUACAAAUCUAAAUAGUUUGCUUUUUUGUUUAGAUAUUGCAUAUCUUCCGUUACCGGCACUUGACAAAGACAUAAACGACCAACUAGAUACUACCAAUUACUGCGCUUAUUUAACUGAAAGCCUACACCACCUCGUAUUAAAUGAUAAUGUCAAUGAUGGUGAUAAAUUAUGUUGACUAACACACCAGUGUUGUUUUUUUCAAUUUUAUUUUGUGAUUACACGAGAAAAAUUCACUGCUGAAAUUUUCCCCAGCUUACGAUCAAUACAAUUUCGCAUACACAGUACAAAAUAUACGAUAAAUUAGGACGGAUAUUUUUUGUACAAGCAACUAUGUUUCCAAAUCUAUUUAAAAGAAAGAACUAAAUUUUCUGAAUAUAUUCCUUUCCUAGUUCUUUCCACUGAGAUAAGACGUAAUUAACUUCCAUCCAAUAUUUCACUUUAUUAUUAUGUGUAUUUCCUUACAGUGUAUAAAAUAACACACUAUGCUUUUUUGAUUUACUUGGUUUUAUAUGUAAAUUUUGUUCAGAAAAGUGCGGUUAGUUAGACCUUAGUUUUGUAGUGUACUAAAUCGAACAAUAUUUGACAGUAUAUUUACA